ACCAACACACUGCUGCAGUCAUGUAGAGCAAGUAGCUUCAGGGGGGUUGGGCUACGUUUGCUAUAGCCAGGCUGAAGAAACAGAGAAAUGACUUGUGGACUUGGUUUGGGGAUCUUGCUGAUUGGCUUAGUUCAAGCAGAGCUUGUUUGUUGUUCACGGGCCAAAGAGGUGCUGAGACCUCAAAAAGGCAACACAAAUGCUGGCUUCCCUCUACCAAACAGCAGUUUAAGAAACCCUGGCCACAAUCUCCAGGACCAACUCAGACAAGGCUUCAUUUCUCCACGUUCAGCGCAGAGCAGCAGCUUCAACAAUAACCCUGCAGCGAGCAGUGCUUAUGGUCAGAGACUCUCUGUGAGAAGCUUCACGCAACCUCUGCCACAGCCGGCUCAGACUUUAAGGAGGCAGAGCAGCUUGUUCACAAACCCAAACAGGCAAACAUAUUCACGAAGGGUUAAUGUCCGGUUGGUGCCAAAUGAGUCAGUUGAUGCUCCUUGUGCUAUAGGAGGCACCUCUGUGAGCCGGUGCCGUAAAACCCUGAAGGAAAACCUUGACAGAAAAGACGCUAGGUCGGUUCAGCAGGGUACAUCGAGGAGACUCAGGAAAAGCUACCCUUUCAGGCCAGUUUAUCAGGCUGCAGAACAGCAACCGUCCGAUAAAGGGCACGCAACCUUGUUUGGUCCAGUUGCUCCUGGACCAGGCAGAAGCUCUGUGCAGAUGCAAACGUAUGCCCAAGCCCGUGCAAGGAGAGUAACUUCAAGCCGUGCAUCCAGUUUGGGUAAAGGUUUCAGACCGAAGACCACAGCUGGGAAGCCACAACUAAGCCCACAGUUUGCUUUGAAUGUCAGCGGUUACAGGCCAGGGGGUCUGCUGCAGCUUGGUAGCCUGGCUGUCCCCGGGAGAAGCAAAGUGGGAGUGUCUGUUCCAGGAUUUGCCCCAGUGACUGUGUAUGAGCUCCCCGAGCCCUUCGGCGGUUCUGCGAUCAGACGGCUGAGGCGACCUGAGAGGACACUGGUCUAGAAACCACAGCAUACCUCCCCGCCGCUGCAGGUGUCUGUCUACAACCCUGACGGUGUUCCUCCAGGAGCCAACUGGAACAGGGUCAAGCUGCAGUACUCACUCUAGCAAGUGACUCGUUGUUGUCUAAUGGACUUUAACCUACUGCUUUCUGCCAACAGGUGCAUCAGUUGCAACAUUAAAAUAAAGAUAUUUGUCUUAA